ACAUGCACUGUGGUUUCUGCUGGUGAAUCAUAUGUUCCAUUAAUUAUCUUUAGUGCCAGAAAAACAUCCAGGUCACUGAUAGAUAUAGGAGUGUCUGGUUGAUGACGUUUGACUGAUUUCUACAAAUUCCCUUAUCAGGAAUGAUUAUGAAUAUUUGGUUUCUGGGCCCGUAUUCACAAAGCAUCUCAGAGUAGGAGUGCUGAUCUAGGAUCAGGUCUCCCCUGUCAAUAUAAUCCUAUUAAUUGUCAUCUAAAAUGCAAAACUGAUGCUAGAUCAGCACAAUGAUUCUUAAUUCUACAGAUCUCACAAACCUCGAUUGCAUAAUUCUAGAUAAGUUUGUAUUCCCGAUGGCCUUCACCACAGUACAAUGUGCCUUAGCACUCCAAAAUCAUAUAGGCACCUUACCUUACCACUUCAAGAAGGUAUUAUACUGUUGUGAUGUUUUCGAACCAUCAUGAACAUAACUUAUUCUGAUGCAUGGACCAUAAACCCAGAUAUCUAACAAAGGAGUCUCUAUAUGUUAGGUAUAUCACUAACCAUAUCACUGAGAACAUUCCUCGCAUCAUGAGGGAAGCCUUUCCCAUCGGCCAAAACAAUGGUUAUCUGAUUGUCUUAUACAAGCUAUUUUUGUGAAUACCGAUUUAAAUUGGUGGUGUCAAUGAGUCCAAGCCACAUCACCCCAUAUAAUUAAGAUGGGAAAGAUAAGUUAGUAUGCCAACCUGAACCUCAUGAACCAUGUCAUAGAAGGCAACAUUUUUAUUCCAACCAGAUCCACAUACCAUAGAUUAAAAUUCCAAUGUCAUACCUCAAUACAAGUACAUAAGCACAUUAUGACUAUAGGCCUAUUGAAAAUAAAUGUGUUUUGUUGUGUUUUUAUUUUUUAAAUAAUAAUUAGAUACUUGUACAUUUCAUGAAGGUGUGAUGGCGGUUAUAGACCAAGAAAAAUAGUGGCAAACUAUCUGAAGUUGUAUUCACCCCCCUCUUUCAUUUCCUUUGCCCCCAACCAUCUCGUUAUAAAAAAGGUCAGCACACACAGUUCAAAUAUACAGUGUAUAAUUGUAUAGGUUUUUCCCCAACAGGGCUUCUGGUGCAGGCGUCUGGGACCAGUCUGGGACGGGGGCUCGAGACGACAAUGCGCAGCGCGCACGUACAGAUCGGUUUCAGUCUUUGUCAGUUCUGAAUGGGGGCGGAGGAAGUAAACCCAUUAGAAUCCUAUAAAAAGAAAGUAUCCGAGAUCAUAAAAUAUCAGGCUGCCGCACUAAGCAUUCACUUACUGCCAGAGAGACAGACUGGAAGUCGCUUGUCAAGUUUCACCCUGACCUUGUGAGCGUCAGCGUUUUUUUUAUUCAUUGAGGCUCAUCAUUUUGAUUUGAUUUUUAGAUUGAGCUAUUGGUGUUGUCAUAAAAGUGGCAUUUCUGUCGAUGGCAAUAACCCGUUUCCUUUUCUGAUUCGUUAAAAAGAGAACACUUACCGUUAUUGACUUUAUUCUCAAGCGGUCAACUUAACACAUGGACACAGUGUAACAGAGCGCGCGUUUCUGUGAUACUUUUAUGCGUAAUUGGCUAGGUCCGGGUCGCCCACUUUAUCCUAUUCUAAUCCAUUUUUAUUUUUUGGGCAACAUUUCUAAACAAUUGUUUCCCAAGGAUGCUCGUCCUGACUCGGAAUAGAUUCUGGUGUGUUUUCGCGCUGCUUGUCGCGGCCUUGAGGAUGGGAGAGUCGCAGAGAGCAGAGCGCUCCAAGCCAAACUCCAUCAAAGCGGCUCUGAUGGGAGAGCCCACGCCGGCCACGAACCGUUCAGCCACCCUCCAACCCGGGAUCACCAAGAAAGGCAACAUCCUUGCGCAGGUGUACCCAUGCAGCAGCGAUAAGGAGUGCACUGUAGGAAGCUACUGCCACAGCCCUCAGCAAGCACCCUCCCGCUGUCUCACCUGCCGACGGAGGAAGAAGCGUUGCCAUAGAGACGCCAUGUGCUGCCCCAGCAACCGCUGCAGCAACUAUAUCUGUGUCCCUAUCUCGGAGAGCGUCCUCUCACCUCACAUCUCAGCCUUGGACGACCACAACAAGCUCUCCACCAAGGACAGCACUGUCGACUGGAAGAAGAGUGGCAAAGCAGCGCAGGCCAAACACUCUAUUAAAGGACACGAGGGCGACCCGUGCCUGCGCUCGUCGGACUGCUCCGUGGGCUACUGCUGCGCUCGCCACUUCUGGACCAAGAUCUGCAAGCCGGUGCUGCGGCAGGGCGAGGUGUGCACCAAGCAGAGGAAGAAGGGCUCCCACGGCCUGGAGAUCUUCCAGCGCUGCGACUGUGCCAAGGGCCUCUCCUGCAAGGUCUGGAAGGACGCCACCUCCUCCUCCAAGUCCAGGCUUCACAUGUGCCAGAGGAUCUGAAGGGUGAGGCAGGGCUGUCCGCCGAGGCCUUUCUCUUUGUCUUCCUCCGACCUGCUUUCGGGGGAGGAGAACCAGGAGAUGACAUGAGAGGAGAGACUUGGAAAGAGAGAUUAAGAGAGAGAAUGGAAGAUGCUAAGGGCUGGUUGAUACCCAGCAAACUAAAGCGAAGACGAAGGUUCUUCUGAGAACAUUUGGCACCGUUCCAUGUAUGAUCCUUCCUGUUUGGUUGUGUUCCAGCUCAGAACAUUCCCACACAGUUCUGAGAAUGUUGCGUUCAUCGUUAAGUUGUGCAGCGGGUUCUCGAGGACUUUAUGCAAAAUAACGUCUUUAUGUCGAAGGCUCGUCACAAAGUUGGAUGUGGUUUAUGUACAAGUUCCUUAAAAUGUUGCAUAUAUUUUCACAUCAUGAAAAGAAAAGACAUAUCUUUAUUACAACCAUCAUUAACCAACGGCAUAGAAACAUCAUCCUCUUCCCAUCUAUCCUUAUGAAGGCAAGACUGCUGUGAUGCACCCUUGGUUUACUAGUUAUGUUUGUUUUUGGCACAUAUUUCACAUAGGAUAUUUUCACACUAAGGGAACCCCAGCUAACCGAUACAAGCGCUAUUGUAAUCUCACUAUUCUGAUUAUAUUUGUAGCGUUCACUCCAAUAGUGUAACCAAUGUGGGAAUCUCCAAAAGAAUAGCCGCCUACAAUAACAAUGACUCUCAAACCAACAUGUAGGCUCAACCAUGCUAGUAAAGAACAAAAAGAAUAUACGUUUUGUAUAGAUUAUGAACAUAGAUAUACAGGUAACUGCCAAAAUAAAGGAAACACCAACAUAAAGUGUUUCAACAGGUGGUUGGGCCACCGCGAUCCAGAACAGCUUCAGUGCACCUCGGCAUAGAUUUGACAAGUGUCUGGAACUCUAUUGGAGGGAUGAGAGAUGAGUCUUCCACAAGAAUUUCCAUCAUUUGGUGUUUUGUUGAUGGUGGUGGAAAAUGCUGUCUCAGGCACCGCUCCGGAAUCUCGCAUUCGUGUUCAUUUGGGUUGAGAACUAGCCUGGAUUUGUCUCAUUUGAGUAUAAGUGUAGACGUAUGCCAUAGUAAGGCUAUUAUUAAGAGCCUGGAAUCCAAACAUGUUUAGUUUUCUAGAUUUUGAUGGAAUCCAGGCUAGAAUCCAAACAUAUUCAGUUUGAUUGCAGGCUAGAAUCCAAAGAGAUUCAGUUUGAUUGGUUCAACCACAGGACUGGAGGGUCAGUUGUGUAGAACUGAUACCAGACCCCAAAGUGCCUCCAGUCCCCAAAUGACAUCCAUAUGACUGGAGCUGAGACCACAAGCAGGAAUCCAGGAAUCCAAUCAGGACAUAUUGAACACAUGGUUUUAUCUGUUACUACUACUUACAAUUUCUGAAAAGAUUACCGUAAUUGCAAAUAUGCCCAAUAACCUUUGCUCUUUCCCCCACAUUUGCGAUCUGUAUUCAAUUGAUAAUGAUAAUAUAAUUCACUAUACAAUACCUAUGAAAUGUGACCUGCACCUUCUAGAAUGUUUUAAUCUUUUUUAUUUCUCAUGAGUCUGGGAAAAUGCUUACUUUUUACACGUCUUACUGGAUGUACAGUGUACCUACCUGCUCAUUGUUUUUCAUAUUAGAUGAUUUUCAAUGUUAAACUUAACCAGUUGUUCACUACAGUACAUAGUCAAUGCAAUAAUAUGUACCUCCAUUUUGUUUUACAUUUGUUUUCCAGGCACCAUUUCCACCAGUUUUCUAACGUCAAUAAGCUCUUAUAUUGUAUAUAAUGUGGAAACGAUUGAAAUUGUAUUUAAGAAUCAAUGUAUAUCAUGUACAGAUAAUAAUAAACAUUAGAAAGAUAUUAAGGUAACAACAAAAAGGACUGGGUGAGAUGAUUAAAAGGGGACAUUGCAGCAAGGUUAGUUCAAGUCUGUCGAGUAGGCACUGGUGGCCCUGGGUGGGCUUGGGCCCAAUCAGAUUGUACGGUGUUUAUAGGCUCUCUACUUGUCAGUGUUCCAAACGGGACAUUAUUGGUAUUUUUACCUAAACAUGCGAACACCAUCAGAUAGACUUCACAGCAAGCAGUGCACUGGAAUGACAUUCAUAUGAACUGGAAUGACAUUCACUUUCAUGGGAUGGGUGGCCAAAAAUAAGUAACUGAAAGCCACGAAUAUGACCGCAUUGAGGCAAAUGUCACUGUCCUACUGUUUUCAGCAGAUAUUUUCGGUGCAUUUACAGUGAUGGAUGAAUAAAUAAAGAAUGUAUUUUGUAUUACAAA